AACCGCCUCUACCCGCACCGCGCUCUUCUUCGGAUCUUUCCCUAGCCGCGCGUACGCGAGACUAGCCCUAGCCGCGCGUACGCGAGACACCAACCACCGGCGCCGCUAUGCCGAUCUCCUCCACGCUCGCCACACGCCUCCGCACCGGUCAUUCUUCCGCACCCAAACCCGCACGGCGGAGCCCCUACACCAGACCCAAGCCCAGCGGCGGCGCCAAGGCCUCCCGCCCUUCCCCCCGCCUUGAUCCAGCGACCACGAGACCUCUCGAACCCUCUCAGAAGGCGGUGCGAUCCGGUUUGGGUCGCCGUGCCGAGCCCGAUGUGCCCGACGCGCGCGCGGCUGAGUCGAAGCCGAAACUGGCGCAUGGAGACGAUAGGCCGCCCCUUGAGGAGAAGCGCCGCUGCAGCGGUGAGGGCGGAUUCGUCUUCCUCUGCGCCCUUGCUGGACACACCGAGGCUAUCGGUGGGAUUUCUCUGCCGUCUGGUUCGAACAAGCUCUACUCCGGCAGCGUCGACGGAUCUGUUCGCAUCUGGGACUGCAAUUCCGGCAAGUGUGUUGAUGUCAUCAAGAUGGGAGGCAAGGUUAGCUGCAUGAUCACCCAUGGCCCAUGGGUACUCAUUGGAAUUCCAAAGUUUGUGGAGGCAUGGAACACAAAGACAGGGAUGAAACUAAGAUUUCAAGGGCCUUCUAGUCUGGUUUGUUCCAUGGCUAUCACGGAUGAGAUGCUGUUUGCUGGUACUGGAGAUGGUCGCAUCAUGGCCUGGAGAUUUCCUGCUAAGGAAAGUAACACUGAACCAGUGUUGAUCCUCAGUGGCCAUCAACGGCCAGUGAUUUCACUGUCUAUCUCGGCAAGAAGACUUUACUCUGGCUCACUGGACAAGACCAUCAAAGCAUGGGACCUUACAACUCGGCAGUGUGUCCAAACACUCUCUGAGCAUAAAGCUGCUGUAACAUCUGUGCUUUGUUGGGAUGAGAAGUUAUUAUCUUGCUCCCUUGACAAGACUGUAAAACUCUGGACUCUGUCAGAGUCAGGAAACCUUCAAGUCAAAUAUACCCAUGCUGAGGAGAAUCCAAGAAAUAUGAUUCAUAAAUGCAGUCUCUGAAGUAGAUGUUGGCAUAGGCAUGCUGGAACCUCUCAACAUCGGGUCUUCUUGCUUGCAUAUAAGAGAUGGCCUGUCUGGUUGGUCUUGGUCGACUAGAGUUUAUCUGAUGAACCUGGAAAAUUCUAGCGAUUGGAGUUUCUAUAUACUGAUAUAAGCCUUAUUGGAUGAGAACUUUAGAUUGUCUGCUCAGUUCAUCUGUUUGUCUCGAAGACUUGAAGAGCAAUUGAGUACUAAGUAUCUUAGAAUUACGAAAACAACAUCUAGGGCAUUAUGUUUGAACUGAUUGCCUAUCAUAAACAUAAAAACUUCAUUCGGCAGGAAGAACUAAUGGAAUUUCUUGGCCAUUGUUCUUCUAGCCCAGCAGCACUUUUUUCU